UUCUCAACAUGUCUAUAAUUUGUCUGACUUUUUUGUGUUUUUGUUUGAGCUUUGCUCUGGCUCUACAUAUACCUCCGCACAAUUGCGAUAAAUACUUCAGAUACUCCACGGUAGAUAACGGAAACUCCUUUAUAGGCAUUUGCACGGCACCUUUAGUUCCCACUUUGAAUUUCUACUGGAAGGCGACUUUUGAAGUCCAAGAAUAUCACGGGAUGUUUUUAAGCGCAUUGCAACCGUAUCCCAACCGUGAAGAGGCAGGCAUUAGUUUUCUGAAAGGAGAGCCGGUUCAGGCUUAUGUGCGUUUUGUGAAUAUCACCACUGAGCUGCCCAAACUGUACUCUUUGAUCCUCAACGGAAACGAGCUGUGCUCUAAUAUAGGAUAUCCAUUACCCAGGACCCGAGCUUCUGCCGAGCAUCAUAUGUCCAUUAACUUAAAAAGAGGAGACAGUAGUCAAGAAAGCACACCAAAUUACAAGAUGGACAUCGAAAGAGUUUAAUUUUUUCUGUCAACGCUGUGUUCAAAAAAAAUUUAUUUAUAAAUAUUAAUUUAUAAAUAAAAUGAAUUUAAUGUGUCAUUUGGCUUA